CGGCGUACCGUCAAACACCACACACCAUUAUGGAUCUCUUCUUCUGCAGCAGCCAACUAUUCCCGCUUCCUUCCAUUCCCCACCAUCGAUCCGCCUUAUCCCUUCUGCUCUUUUUGACACCGGGGUGAUUUCUGGCUCCAUCGUCACAAGUGAGAUCCAAAAUAUCUUCAAAGGCUUAAACCCUAGUCAUUCUUCCCUUCGAGAAAGCUAUCAUUCAUCCACCCACCGAGUUCACGCGAGGGCGCCGACAUGGCCGACGGGAUCUCCGACUUUAACGAGACCGAAGAUUUUGAAGAAUACAAUCCCCAUCCUUACCAAGGGGGAUAUGAUAUUGCUCUCACUUAUGGCGAUCCGCUUCCUCCACUCUCCGCCAUCUGCUACCCGUUAUCCGACUCCUCCUCGCAUCCAACUCUCCCACCGAACGGGCCGCUUCCUUUAAUUCCGAUGGAGUAUCCAGCUUCUUCUGAUGCCAGUGAGAGAGCUAUCUCAAUAUCUGACGAGCGUGAAGACGACCGAGCCGAUCCCGCUUAUGACUCUUCUUAUGGUAAUGGCGAACGGGGCUUUACCUCUGCGGAAUGGUGGUGGAAUCAUUCUGGGUUUUCUCCCUUCGCGAUGAAUGGUUUUGGGGGUUGUAGUUAUGACGCAGAAGAGAUGAGAUAUUGGAGCCCGUUGAGGCGGGCUGCCGAGUACAUCUUCGGAUAUUCGCAAGGGUUUGGUGAGAGGACAAUUGGAGUGGAUAGUUAUGGGAUUCCAAUCUACGCUUACAAACUGCGUGGGAGCGAUACUGUCAAUGUGGAGAUCCAGCCUGCGAGGACUGAGCAGUUGGAAUAUCACGAUAACUCUAAAAGAUGGUCUUCUACUUAUAAUAACUGGGAAGAUGAAAACCAUAGAUUGUGCCGUUCAGCUCAUGCCUAUCCGCAGCAUCACUCUGAAGAGUCGUUUGAAGCUGAAGUUGAUUCAUUUCCCUUGUCUUAUGGUGAGAGCAUGAAUGAGGUCAAUUUGAAUGGAAACUUGGAAAUGGCCUACAAUAAACGCUAUUACAGUGGUGCCCUAAAUGUUCAGCUAGAGCCAGUUGAGAGUUCAUUUCAGCAAUUGAGUUAUCAUGAAGAAUUUUCUCAUACGAAUUCUAACUCGGAACCAUUGUUUGGUAUUCAUGGAGAGGAGAGAAAUGAAUUUACUAAUGUUUAUCAUGACUAUCAAAGACAAGUUUACCAUCAGCCAAGCAAUUUUGAGCUUGAACCCUACAAACCAACUUGGGCUCGGUAUUCUGGAAACUACAGGAUCUCUGAAGAAGAUGUAUAUUCUGGUUCCCAACCUAUAUCAGACUAUUAUGAGGUUGACAGAGAAUCAUAUUCUCCUAGUUCUGCAUGGCCAACUUCAUUUGAUGAAACGGGCGAUGAAGGCAAGUUUCACAGUUCAGAAUAUGCAUAUAAGGCACACCAUGAUGGCCAUUUCCUUGCACUAGAACCUUUUAAACCAACAUGGAUGCUGAAUCCCAAUUAUUAUGGCAGCUAUGAGGAAUUUUCUGCUCCAGACAAGCAGCUAUAUUCAAGUGAUGUGAGCUCAAAAUUCCACAAGAUGAUGAUGGAUCCUAUGGUGGCAUUUGCUGAAAAUGGUGGCCAAUUUGCUUUUCUCGCAGAUUUGUUCUUAUUAUGACUGGUAAACUUGGGCCCAAAUUAUAUAACUGAGCGCUUAAUAUUG